UGUCAGAGAGCCGAGCUGAGCUGUAAGAGGCUCACUAGUGGUUUCUGGUGGUUGCUGUAAGGAGCUAGCAUUGAGGUAGAUUUUGCUGGAGGAGGAAAAAACGCACAAGGAAAGACAGAACCCAGAGUACGGAGACUUUGUGCCCCCGUUGGAGAGAUGGUUGAGUCCUCGUCAAGGUUGCUGUGGUAUCCCAGAAACACCAUUCACUCCGAGCUGUGACCGCGCACCGACAACAGCAACAACUCCACUGCGCCGGGCUGAGGAGCAGAAAUUAGGAGCUCGCGAAUAAUAUGAAAGGGAUCCGCAAAGGGGAAAGCCGAGCAAAGGAAUCCAAGCCCCUGGAGCCUGGCAAGAGAAGAUGUGCUAAAUGUGGCCGCCUAGACUUUCUCCUGAUGAAGAAAAUGGGGAUUAAAAGUGGAUUUACAUUUUGGAACCUCGUCUUUUUAUUGACGGUGUCUUGUGUGAAAGGAUUUAUUUAUACGUGUGGUGGAACUUUAAAAGGACUUAAUGGCACUAUAGAAAGCCCUGGUUUUCCAUAUGGAUAUCCAAAUGGUGCAAACUGUACAUGGGUAAUUAUAGCAGAAGAACGAAAUAGAAUACAAAUUGUUUUUCAGUCAUUCGCUCUAGAAGAAGAAUAUGACUACUUAUCCUUAUAUGAUGGACAUCCCCAUCCGACGAACUUUAGAACAAGGUUAACAGGAUUCCACCUGCCUCCACCAGUGACAAGUACCAAAUCUGUGUUCUCACUACGUUUGACCAGUGAUUUUGCAGUUAGUGCUCAUGGGUUUAAAGUAUAUUAUGAAGAGUUGCAGAGUAGCUCUUGUGGAAAUCCAGGAGUCCCACCCAAAGGUGUAUUAUAUGGUACAAGGUUCGACGUUGGGGACAAGAUCCGCUACAACUGCGUAACUGGAUACAUCCUAGAUGGCCACCCUCAACUCACCUGUAUAGCCAAUUCCGUUAAUACAGCUUCAUGGGAUUUUCCGGUUCCCAUCUGCAGAGCUGAAGAUGCAUGUGGAGGAACAAUGAGAGGAUCCAGUGGCAUUAUAUCAAGCCCUAGCUUUCCUAACGAAUACCAUAACAAUGCUGAUUGCACUUGGACCAUUGUAGCAGAGCCUGGAGACACAAUUUCACUCAUAUUUACUGAUUUCCAAAUGGAAGAAAAGUAUGAUUACUUAGAAAUAGAAGGUUCUGAGCCACCUACAAUAUGGUUGUCUGGAAUGAAUAUACCGCCACCAAUUAUCAGCAACAAAAACUGGCUCAGACUGCAUUUCGUUACCGACAGCAAUCACAGAUAUCGUGGCUUUAGUGCUCCGUAUCAAGGUUCUUCUACAUUGACCCACACUACCUCCACUGGUGAGUUAGCGGAGCAUAACAGGACUGCCACUGGUGCUAUUGCUGUUGCUAGCACACCUGCAGAUGUUACUGUAUCCAGUGUUACAGCUGUCACCAUCCGUAGACUUUCCGAGGAACAGCGAGUGCAAGUUACGAAUCUCAGAAAUGCAGGUCUGGACCCCAACACGUCCAAGGACGGGCUCCCUCCUCAUCCAGCAGAUACACAGAGUACAAGGAGAAGACCAAGAAAUGCUGAACAGAUAGAAAGAACUAAAGAACUUGCAGUUGUUACUCAUAGAGUGAAAAAGGCCAUAGAUUUUAAAUCUAGAGGAUUUAAGUUGUUUCCAGGGAAAGACAACAGCAACAAGUUUUCUCUCUUAAAUGAAGGUGGCAUUAAAACAGCUUCCAAUUUAUGUCCAGAUCCAGGCGAACCAGAAAAUGGGAAGAGAGUUGGAUCAGACUUUAGCCUUGGAUCAACUGUGCAGUUUUCUUGUGAUGAAGAUUAUGUCCUGCAGGGCGCUAAGAGCAUCACUUGCCAACGGAUAGCUGAAGUCUUUGCUGCUUGGAGUGAUCACAGGCCUGUAUGUAAAGUGAAGACAUGUGGCUCUAAUCUUCAAGGACCAAGUGGAACCUUUACGUCUCCCAACUUCCCGUUCCAGUAUGACAGCAACGCACAGUGUGUCUGGGUCAUCACAGCAGUGAAUACAAAUAAGGUUAUCCAGAUAAAUUUUGAAGAAUUUGACUUGGAGAUUGGCUAUGACACUUUGACAAUUGGUGAUGGGGGGGAAGUUGGAGACCCAAGGACAGUGCUUCAAGUGCUGACUGGAAGCUUUGUGCCAGACUUGAUAGUGAGCAUGAGUAGCCAAAUGUGGCUGCACCUUCAAACAGAUGAAAGUGUCGGGUCCGUUGGCUUCAAGGUUAACUACAAAGAAAUUGAAAAAGAAAGCUGUGGCGACCCUGGUACACCUUUAUAUGGAAUCAGAGAAGGCGAUGGAUUUUCUAAUGGUGAUGUUUUAAGGUUCGAAUGCCAGUUUGGGUUUGAAUUAAUUGGAGAGAAAUCCAUUAUUUGUCAAGAGAAUAACCAAUGGUCUGCAAACAUACCCAUCUGUAUCUUUCCUUGCCUCUCUAACUUCACUGCACCGAUGGGAACAGUCCUUUCUCCUGACUAUCCAGAAGGGUAUGGAAAUAACUUAAACUGCAUCUGGACAAUAAUCUCUGAUCCCGGGAGUCGCAUACACCUUUCCUUUAAUGACUUUGACCUGGAAUCUCAGUUUGACUUCCUUGCUGUUAAAGAUGGGGACUCUCCAGACUCCCCGAUUCUGGGAACCUUCACUGGGGCUGAGGUGCCCUCCCAUCUGACGAGUAACAGUCAUAUACUACGGUUGGAGUUUCAAGCUGACCACUCGAUGUCAGGACGUGGCUUUAACAUCACUUAUAACACGUUUGGACACAAUGAGUGUCCUGACCCUGGCACACCAAUCAAUGCGCGGCGGUUCGGGGACAACUUUCAAUUAGGAAGCUCGAUUUCCGUUAUUUGUGAAGAAGGAUUUAUUAAAACGCAGGGAACAGAAACAAUUACAUGUAUUCUUAUGGAUGGAAAAGUGAUGUGGAGUGGACCAAUUCCAAAAUGUGGAGCUCCAUGCGGUGGCCAUUUCUCAGCUCCCAGUGGACUGAUUCUCUCGCCAGGAUGGCCAGGGUACUAUAAAGACUCUUUGAACUGUGAGUGGGUGAUUGAAGCUGAACCUGGACACUCUAUCAAAAUUACAUUUGAAAGGUUUCAGACUGAACUCAAUUAUGAUGUCCUGGAAGUUCACGAUGGGCCAAAUCUCCUGUCACCCUUGCUUGGAUCUUACAAUGGCACACAAGUGCCCCAGUUUCUAUUUAGCAGCAGUAACUUCAUAUACCUGCUGUUUACAACAGACAGCAGUCGUUCUAAUAAUGGUUUCAAGAUUCAUUAUGAAAGUGUUACAGUGAACACUUACUCUUGCCUGGACCCUGGCAUACCUGUACAUGGCCGUCGCUAUGGUCAGGAUUUCUCCAUUGGAUCUACUGUCUCAUUUAGCUGUGAUCCAGGAUACAGGCUGAGCCAUGAAGAGCCCCUUCUGUGUGAAAAAAACCACUGGUGGAGUCAUCCGCUCCCAACCUGUGAUGCAUUAUGCGGAGGAGAUGUUAGAGGGCCGAGUGGAACAAUCUUAUCACCUGGUUACCCAGAAUUUUAUCCAAAUUCUCUGAAUUGUACAUGGACUGUUGAUGUAACCCAUGGAAAAGGUGUUCAGUUCAACUUUCACACCUUUCACCUGGAAGACCAUCACGACUACUUACUGAUCACAGAGAACGGGAGCUUUACCCGGCCACUGGCACGCCUGACCGGUUCCGAUCUUCCUCCAACCAUCAAUGCUGGUCUCUAUGGGAAUUUCAGGGCUCAGCUGCGCUUUAUUUCCGAUUUCUCAAUAUCCUAUGAAGGAUUCAAUAUUACAUUUUCUGAAUAUAACCUUGAACCUUGUGAAGAUCCUGGAACUCCUCAGUAUGGUAACCGAAUUGGUUUCAACUUUGGGGUUGGUGACACUCUGACCUUCUCGUGCUCAUCAGGUUAUCGACUGGAAGGGGCAUCAGAGAUCAUCUGUCUUGGUGGCGGCCGACGGGUGUGGAGUGCACCUCUGCCAAGGUGUGUGGCUGAAUGUGGCGCAUCUGCAACAAGUAAUGAAGGAAUUUUGCUCUCUCCAAAUUACCCACUCAACUAUGAAAACAACCAUGAAUGCAUUUAUAGUAUUCAGGUUCAAGCAGGGAAGGGAAUCAAUAUUUCAGCCAGAACAUUUCAUUUAGCACAAGGAGAUGUUCUUAAGAUUUAUGAUGGAAAAGAUAAAACGACUCAUCUAUUAGGUGCUUUCACUGGUGCAUCUCUGAGAGGACUGACACUUAGUAGUACUUCAAAUCAGCUCUGGCUAGAAUUUAAUUCUGAUUCUGAAGGGACAGAUGAAGGCUUUCAACUUGUCUAUACCAGCUUUGAACUUUCCCAUUGUGAGGAUCCUGGCAUUCCCCAAUUUGGAUACAAGAUCAGUGACCAGGGCCACUUUGCGGGUAGCACCAUCAUUUACGGAUGCAACCCAGGCUACACUCUCCAUGGAAGUAGCCUCCUCAAGUGCAUGACCGGGGAGAGAAGGGCAUGGGACUACCCUCUGCCUUCCUGCAUUGCUGAAUGUGGAGGUCGUUUUAAAGGAGAAUCAUCAGGAAGAAUUUUGUCCCCUGGUUAUCCCUUCCCAUAUGACAAUAACCUGCGUUGCAUGUGGAUGAUUGAAGUAGACCCAGGAAACAUUGUCAGCCUACAGUUUCUUGCUUUUGAUACAGAAGCAUCACAUGAUAUACUCCGAGUUUGGGAUGGUCCGCCAGAAAAUGAGAUGCUUUUAAAGGAAAUUAGUGGAUCUCUUAUCCCUGAAGGAAUCCAUAGCACCCUCAACAUUGUGACCAUCCAGUUUGACACGGAUUUUUAUAUCAGCAAAUCUGGAUUUGCAAUUCAGUUUUCAAGUUCUGUCGCCACUGCGUGUCGUGAUCCAGGUGUUCCCAUGAAUGGAACUCGAAAUGGGGAUGGCCGAGAACCUGGGGACACUGUUGUCUUUCAAUGUGACCCCGGAUAUGAACUUCAAGGAGAAGAAAGAAUAACCUGCAUUCAGGUAGAAAAUCGGUACUUCUGGCAGCCCAGCCCACCAGUCUGUAUAGCACCCUGUGGAGGCAACUUAACGGGAUCUUCAGGCUUUAUUCUUUCGCCAAACUUCCCUCACCCGUAUCCCCACAGCAGGGACUGUGACUGGACAAUCACCGUCAACACAGACUAUGUCAUCUCUUUGGCAUUUAUCAGUUUUAGCAUAGAACCAAACUAUGACUUCCUCUAUAUAUACGACGGGCCAGACAGUAAUAGUCUACUAAUUGGAAGUUUUCAAGACAGCAAGUUACCAGAGAGAAUAGAAAGUAGCUCCAAUACCAUGCAUUUGGCAUUUCGGAGUGAUGGAUCUGUUAGUUACACUGGAUUUCAUUUAGAAUAUAAAGCAAAACUCCGAGAGUCCUGCUUUGAUCCAGGCAAUAUAAUGAAUGGCACCAGACUUGGAAUGGAUUAUAAAUUAGGGUCAACAGUCACCUAUUACUGUGAUGCUGGCUAUGUUCUUCAAGGUUAUUCAACACUCACUUGUAUCAUGGGAGAUGAUGGAAGACCUGGAUGGAACAGACCCUUACCAAGUUGCCAUGCUCCCUGUGGAAGUCGUUCAACAGGUUCAGAAGGCACUGUUCUAUCACCAAAUUACCCCAAAAAUUAUAGUGUGGGACAUAAUUGUGUUUAUUCCAUAGCAGUUCCCAAGGAAUUUGUGGUGUUUGGCCAGUUUGUAUUUUUCCAGACAUCACUCCACGAUGUUGUUGAGGUGUAUGAUGGGCCAACUCAGCAGUCUUCUCUGUUAUCUUCCCUCUCAGGAUCCCAUUCAGGAGAAUCACUUCCACUGAGUUCAGGUAAUCAGAUCACAAUUCGAUUUACUUCAGUUGGACCAAUAACAGCUAAGGGAUUUCACUUUGUUUACCAAGCUGUUCCUAGAACAAGUUCCACACAGUGCAGUUCUGUGCCUGAACCAAGAUUCGGAAGAAGGAUUGGCAAUGAAUUUGCAGUCGGUUCAUUGGUUCUUUUUGAAUGCAGUCCAGGAUAUAUCCUCCAUGGAUCCAUUGCAAUUAGGUGUGAUACAGUGCCCAAUUCUUUGGCCCAAUGGAAUGAUUCCUUACCUACCUGUAUUGUGCCCUGUGGCGGAAUUUUAACUAAGCGUAAAGGAACGAUUUUGUCUCCCGGGUACCCGGAGCCUUAUGACAACAAUCUGAAUUGUGUGUGGAAGAUCACAGUGCCAGAGGGAGCUGGCAUUCAAGUACAAGUUGUCAGCUUUGCUACAGAACAUAAUUGGGAUUCUCUGGACUUUUACGAUGGAGGAGACAGCAAUGCUCCAAGGCUUGGAAGUUAUUCAGGAACCACGAUACCUCACCUUCUGAACAGCACGUCUAACAAUCUGUAUCUAAAUUUCCAGUCGGACAUCAGUGUGUCUGCUGCAGGAUUUCAUCUUGAGUACACAGCAAUCGGUUUGGACUCCUGUCCUGAACCACAAACUCCCAGCAGUGGAAUUAAAAUUGGAGACAGAUACAUGGUUGGCGAUGUAGUGUCCUUUCAGUGUGAUCAAGGCUACUCUCUUCAGGGUCAUUCUCACAUAACAUGUAUGCCUGGACCUGUAAGAAGAUGGAAUUACCCAAUUCCAAUUUGUUUGGCUCAGUGUGGCGGUUCCAUGUCCGAUUUCAGUGGUGUGAUUCUCAGCCCUGGGUACCCUGGAAACUACCCCAGCAGUUUAGAUUGCACGUGGACGAUAAAGCUGCCCGUAGGUUUCGGUGUACAUCUCCAGUUUGUUAAUUUUUCUACAGAAACUAUACACGAUUAUUUGGAAGUAAGAAGUGGAACCUCAGAAACUAGUACUGUUAUCGGCCGACUUAGUGGUCCACAGAUCCCAUCUUCCUUAUUUAGCACUACUCACGAAACCAGCCUGUAUUUUCAUAGUGACUAUUCACAAAACAAGCAAGGGUUCCACAUUGUAUACCAAGCCUACCAGUUGCAAAGCUGUCCUGAUCCACGCCCGUUUCGAAAUGGCUUUGUCAUCGGCAACGAUUUUACUGUGGGUCAAACCAUUUCAUUUGAAUGUUUCCCUGGGUACACACUAAUUGGAAAUUCAGCCCUCACCUGCCUCCAUGGAGUGAGUCGUAAUUGGAAUCAUCCACUUCCCAGGUGUGAAGCUCUUUGUGGAGGGAAUAUAACUGCCAUGAAUGGCACCAUCUACUCUCCCGGGUAUCCUGAUGAGUAUCCCAACUUCCAAGACUGUUUUUGGCUUGUACGAGUACCCCCUGGGAAUGGCAUCUACAUCAAUUUUACUGUUCUUCAAACAGAACCAGUCUAUGAUUUCAUUACUGUGUGGGAUGGGCCAGAUCAAAACUCACCUCAGAUCGGGCAGUUCAGUGGCAAUACUGCUUUGGAAUCAGUCUAUAGCACUUCGAAUCAGAUUCUAAUCAAAUUCCACAGUGAUUUCACAACAAGUGGCUUUUUUGUGCUCAGUUAUCAUGCCUAUCAACUGCGAGUGUGCCAACCUCCACCACCGGUACCGAAUGCUGACAUUUUGACAGAAGAUGACGAAUUUGAAAUAGGUGAUAUUAUCAGGUACCAGUGUCUUCCAGGGUUUACCUUGGUGGGCAAUGCAAUUCUGACAUGCAGAUUAGGAGAACGACUCCAGAUGGAUGGAGCACCUCCGGUUUGUCAAGUGCUCUGCCCUGCUAAUGAAUUACGGCUCGAUUCCACGGGAGUCAUCCUGAGCCCUGGAUAUCCUGACAGUUACCCCAAUCUUCAGAUGUGUGCCUGGAGCAUUUCAGUGGAAAAGGGAUAUAAUAUCAGCAUGUUUGUAGAAUUCUUCCAGACAGAAAAGGAAUUUGAUGUUCUUCAGGUGUAUGAUGGACCAAGUAUUCAAAGUCCAGUGCUUAUUUCCCUCAGCGGAGACUAUUCUUCUGCUUUUAAUGUAACAAGCAACGGUCAUGAAGUAUUUCUUCAGUGGUCAGCAGAUCAUGGCAAUAACAAGAAAGGCUUCCGGAUAAGAUACAUAGCAUUCUACUGUAGUACACCAGAAUCCCCGCCGCAUGGAUACAUUAUCAGCCAGACGGGUGGACAGCUUAAUAGCGUGGUCCGCUGGGCCUGCGAUCGAGGGUUCCGGCUUGUUGGAAAAAGCAGUGCCGUGUGCAGAAAGUCUUCCUAUGGGUAUCAUGCAUGGGAUGCACCUGUUCCUGCCUGUCAAGCAAUUUCCUGUGGGAUUCCUAAAGCUCCAACCAAUGGAGGAAUACUCACUACAGACUACUUGGUAGGCACCCGAGUCACCUAUUUUUGUCAUGACGGAUAUAGGUUGUCGUCUAAGGAACUCACUACCGCCGUAUGUCAAUCAGAUGGAACGUGGAGCAACCACAACAAGACCCCUCGCUGUGUUGUUGUUACAUGUCCAAGCAUCAAUUCCUUUACCUUGGAACAUGGAAGAUGGAGAAUUGUGAAUGGCUCCCAUUAUGAAUACAAAACCAAGGUGGUGUUCAGCUGUGACCCUGGUUACCAUGGACUAGGUCCUGCUUCUAUUGAAUGCCUUCCCAAUGGCACCUGGAGUUGGAGAAAUGAAAGACCAUAUUGCCAGAUUAUUUCCUGUGGAGAACUACCUACACCUCCAAAUGGAAAUAAGAUUGGAACCCAGACUUCCUACGGCUCCACUGCCAUCUUUACCUGCGACUCGGGAUUCAUUCUCGUGGGCUCCGCCGUGCGAGAAUGCCUCUCUUCUGGUCUUUGGAGUGGGUCUGAAACCAGAUGUCUAGCAGGUCACUGUGGAAUUCCAGAACUCAUUGUGAAUGGUCAAGUCAUUGGAGAAAAUUAUGGAUACAGAGACACAGUUGUUUAUCAGUGUAAUCCUGGUUUCCGAUUGAUUGGUUCUUCAGUGAGAAUUUGUCAACAGGAUCACAAUUGGUCCGGUCAGCUCCCAUCCUGUGUGCCUGUCAGCUGUGGUCACCCUGGCAGUCCAAUUUAUGGAAGAACAAGUGGGAACGGAUUCAACUUUAAUGAUGUGGUAACAUUCUCCUGUAAUAUUGGGUAUCUUAUGCAAGGGCCCACAAAGGCCCAGUGCCAGGCCAACAGACAGUGGAGCCACCCCCCACCCAUGUGCAAAGUGGUGAACUGUUCUGACCCCGGAAUUCCAGCCAAUUCCAAAAGAGAAAGUAAAAUAGAACAUGGGAAUUUCACCUAUGGCACUGUUGUGUUCUAUGACUGCAAUCCUGGAUAUUUUUUAUUUGGAUCUUCAGUUCUGAUAUGUCAGCCAAAUGGACAGUGGGACAAACCACUGCCAGAAUGUAUCAUGAUUGACUGUGGACACCCUGGCGUUCCUCCUAAUGCAGUCCUGUCUGGUGAGAAGUACACCUUUGGGUCCACUGUUCACUAUUCCUGCAUAGGAAAGCGUGUCCUUCUAGGCCACUCAUCAAGGACUUGCCAAUUAAAUGGCCACUGGAGUGGAUCACAGCCUCAUUGUUCAGGCGAUGCCACUGGUACCUGUGGGGAUCCAGGUACCCCCGGUCAUGGUUCCAGACAGGAAAGCAAUUUCAGAACCCAAACUUCUGUACGUUUUGCUUGUGAUGUUGGUUACAUCCUUCAUGGCUCAGAAGAAAGAACAUGUUUAGCUAAUGGCAGUUGGACUGGAAGGCAGCCAGAAUGCAAAGCUGUACAGUGUGGUAACCCAGGAACAACAGCCAAUGGAAGGGUUUUUCGGAUUGAUGGCACAACAUUCUCCAGUUCGAUCAUUUACUCCUGCAUGGAGGGCUAUAGCCUGCUGGGGCCGUCGGUCAGACAGUGCACGGCCAAUGGGACAUGGUCUGGGACCUUGCCCAACUGCACAAUCAUCAGUUGUGGAGACCCAGGUAUACCUGCCAAUGGACUGAGAUAUGGAGAUGAUUAUGUAGUUGGACAAAAUGUGUCAUACAUGUGCCAGCCAGGCUACACCAUGGAACUCAACGGCUCCAGAAUCAGGACUUGCACAACUAACGGCACAUGGAGUGGAGCGAUGCCAAGCUGCAGAGCUGUUACCUGCCCAGCCCCUCCCCAGAUCUCCAAUGGCAGGUUGGAAGGAACAAAUUUCGACUGGGGCUUCAGUAUUAGCUACAUCUGUUCUCCGGGCUAUGAGCUGUCCUUUCCUGCUGUUUUGACCUGUGUAGGGAAUGGUACCUGGAGUGGGGAAGUACCGCAGUGCUUACCAAAGUUCUGUGGUGACCCCGGUAUACCUGCCCAGGGAAAGCGAGAAGGCAAAAGCUUUAUCUACCAGUCAGAGGUUUCGUUCAGUUGCAAUUCGCCUUUCAUAUUAGUGGGAUCGAGCACCAGAAUAUGUCAAGCAGAUGGCACUUGGAGCGGCUCGUCACCUCACUGCAUAGAGCCCACUCGUACCUCAUGUGAAAACCCAGGGGUGCCACGGCAUGGAUCUCAGAACAAUACAUUUGGAUUUCAAGUAGGAAGUGUUGUACAGUUUCAUUGCAAAAAAGGACACCUUCUCCAGGGUUCUACAACACGCACUUGCCUUCCCGAUCUCACAUGGAGUGGAAUUCAGCCUGAAUGCAUACCCCACAGCUGUAAACAGCCAGAAACUCCUGCUCAUGCAAAUGUCGUAGGAAUGGCUCCCUCCCACGGCUACACACUGAUUUAUACCUGCCAGCCUGGCUUCUUCUUAGCUGGCGGAACAGAACACAGGGUGUGUAGAUCUGAUAACACUUGGACUGGAAUUCCUGUUUGUGAAGCUGGUUCCAAAAUAUUGGUGAAAGAUCCUAGACCGGUGCUAGGAACACCCAGCCCAAAGCUAAGUGUUCCUGAUGACGUGUUUGCCCAAAAUUAUAUAUGGAAAGGCUCUUACAAUUUCAAAGGAAGGAAACAACCCAUGACCUUGACAGUUACUAGUUUCAAUGCUUCCACCGGGAGAGUCAAUGCAACACUCAGCAACAGCAACAUGGAGCUGCUACUCUCAGGAGUAUAUAAAAGCCAGGAAGCUCGCCUAAUGUUGCACAUCUAUCUUAUUAAAGUACCAGCUCAUGCUUCUGUGAAGAAAAUGAAGGAGGAAAAUUGGGCCAUGGAUGGCUUUGUUUCUGCUGAGCCUGAUGGAGCUACUUAUGUGUUUCAAGGAUUUAUUCAAGGCAAAGAUUAUGGGCAAUUUGGACUACAAAGACUGGGAUUGAAUGUGUCAGAGGGUUUAAAUUCUUCAAAUCAACCUCAUGGUACAAAUAGUAGUUCUGUGGCCAUUGCUAUUCUUGUGCCUUUUUUUGCACUUAUAUUUGCAGGAUUUGGAUUUUAUCUUUAUAAACAAAGGACUGCACCCAAAACACAGUACACGGGAUGUUCAGUUCGAAAUAACAAUGGCCAAGCAGCGUUUGAAAACCCCAUGUACGACACCAAUGCGAAGUCAGUGGAAGGGAAGGCAGUGCGAUUCGAUCCCAACCUGAACACGGUCUGCACAAUGGUAUAGCAUGGCAACCCUCUGCCUUCUCGCCAGGCUCAGAAGUCAACACACAGAACAGUGCACAUUAGUUCACUGCUAAAAAAAAAAAAUAAAGCACACUUUUCAGGACUUGCUGGGUCACCUUUUCCUGAGGAAUGAUAGAGAAGAGUGUUUUUUCAUAAACUGGACCAUAAUUCUUCUUCGUGUUUACCAUGGAGAGUUUUACAGAGAUUCGGCUGCACUCUGAGAGUGCUUACUCACAGUUUAUUUGCUUUUUUACAAAAGGAGAUAUUCUAAAACAUAAACUUAUUUGCAUAUAUUGGAGGAGCAUCCAUAUCAGUAUUUCUGUGCUUUAUAAACUAUAUUAGAGGGACUGGGUUUUAAAAAAAUGAUAUAGGGUAGACAAUAAGAGCUAUACUUAACAAGAGUCGGUGGAUCACUGACUUACCUGUCAUGUGCUACAUCACAACCCAUCAGUCUGCAUUUCAAAGCACUCUAUUGGCUAUUUGGUCUUGUUAAUUAAGUCAUUGUUUUCCUUAUUUCCAUGGUUAUUUGAGUUUGAGUCAAGCCCUGAAAUGUGGAUGAGCUAAUUUUAUGCCACAGAAGAGAUAUGAUUACCCACUCUGAAUUGACUCUUUUUGUUUUUUUGUGUUUUUUUUUUCACAGUCACAUUGCUCCUCUUUAUUUAGACUGGUUGUCAUAGUUUCCGCAAAUGUCAGGAUCAUCAUGCUGUGUUCUGAUUCCCCCUUUAUAUUCGGGACCAAUAGUAUUCAGUGAGCCGUGAUGCAGUGUUAACUCCUUGCUUCAUUUGGUUUUUGUCACGCAGAAGCCACUUUAGCUGGCAAACAUUGUCUAUAACAAUGAUGAUUUUGCAGUUAUUUGAGACACCAACAUUAUCCUUUACCAAACUUCCCCAUGUUUUUGAAACACCAGAUGAAACUUACUAAUCUGUUAUAUAUUUCAUUAACAGUCCUUAGACUUGCCCUUCGGUUGAGCCUUCAAAUUAAUUUAACAGUGUUUUGAAAUGUUAUCUAACAAGUUAGUCAUACAUUUUGGACGAGUCCCCAACAUAAUGACAAAAAAUCUGAUUCUUUCCAAUCCUAAAGUUGUGGAUUAAAAACUUUUCAUUAAUUUAAAAAUUGUAUGCUGUUCUCUUACGUAGCCUCAGCUAUGACAGGUUUCUUUCACUGUCAAAUUAAGACAUGCAUUUCAAGUUACUGGUGGCUCAUUUACAUCCGGGUCACACAGUAAGGCCCACAUUUUGAUUUCAUAGGCCAUUGUCUUCCUUUCAUAGCAUGUUUUACUUCAUUGAAUAAAUUAUGUACCCAGUGUGAACUCUUUGUUGCUGUCCCUUUCACAUAUGGAUAACUCUGUAAACAGUCUUGACCUUUUGUAUCACGAGACAGAGUGCCUCAGAGAAAUCAUUGCACCCGGAGCGCUGCUUGGAUCUAUCUCUACAACAUUUAGUGAAUUUCUUGUAAACCACUUGGAGAUACUUUGUUUUGGAAAUUCAUGCGAUUUUCUCAACAUGGUACUCUACUGACAGGAUGCUGUUUUUAAAUUUUAUGCCAUCAGUUAUUUAUUCUUGUUUAUUCAAAUGACUGCAAUAACAAUGACUCAUUCAUUAAUGUUAAGGUUAAUACAUUUAUGAUCUUGUUUUAAACGAUGUUUCUUCUGCAACUGGCUACUCCUCUUAUAUUAAUGCAUACACUUUUGUAAAGAAGUAUAUUUUUAUGAAAAAAAAAACUUUGUAAAAGUAUGAUGUAAAUUUUCAGUGCAAUGUAAACAAAAUAAAAAUGGAUAAUUGCUUUUGUAAAAUGUGUAUUCUUUACAAAAAAUUGUCUGACAGUGGAUUGGUCAGUAAAAGGAAUGAACAACCCAUAAAUAUUUGAUGUUUUAAGGUGCCCAAACUGCGUAUUAUAUACACUUAGCAACGUAGCAAUGAAAUUUAGGUGGUUUUCUUCUUUAUAUUCUAUUGUUCUCCAUCUAUGGCACCCUAUCAGAAGUGAAUAGAUUCCCAGUUAAAGUAAUAGUAUCAUAAGAGCCUCAUCUUGGAGUUUUUCUCAAAUAUAAACAUUUGAAUAAUGCCAUCUGAAUUUAUUUAAGGAUACCUGAUGAUUUCUAAUAUUUCCUUUCUGUAUUUUCUUAGACAUACUUAUGUUUAAUAUGCUUUAUAAGGAUGAACACAGUAACCUUUUGAAUAGCUACAUUAAACUAAUAUUCAAAAACAGGUAUCUUGCCAUGAUGGAACAUGUAAAGUUUUAUACGCAAGAAAGUAAUCAAGUUUUUAUUAAGUGCAAAUCACAAGUUAUUUAAGUUCAAUUUUCUCAGAGAACUCUUUUUCAUAACAUAGAUGUUGUCUUUAUAUUUCAAAACCUCAGACUCCAGCCUUUUAAAGUCUAUCUCUGGUUAUUACACUUUCAUUUUACAAAUAAAUGCUUCUUGAGAUAAUUUUAGUUUCUUGUUUUACAUUGUUAACUAUAUGACUUCCACCUUUCACUCAUUUCAUAUUGUCUGUAUUUUCCUUUGCUGUUCUUUGCCCUUAAAUUAUUCCUCUCUGUUCUUUCUUUCUUCCUUUUUCAUUUUCUAUUUUUUGUUCUCUCU